CCGUCCCUCGUGGCCGCCAUCUCGCGCCCACCGCCUCGGUCUCCAGCCUAUUUUCUCUUCUUGUGCCAAGUGCCAUUAGCGGCACUCAUCGCCGCCGGAAGUGGAGCCUUAGUUUCCCUCCCCCCUCCUCCCCACCUUUCAGUCGCAGCCGCCGUAGUUCGGCUUGCCUCCUUUGGUCGCCGGUUCCUGCCUGAAGGAGCUCUUCAUCGUUGUUUCCUGGCGAUCCCGGUUACCUAGGCGACAUAGCCUAGUUUGCUUCUCUGCUUCACAUCUUUCACGUGCCCCGUUUCCCCGUAGGCGCCGCCAUGUCUGCGCAUCUGCAAUGGAUGGUCGUUCGGAACUGUUCCAGUUUCCUGAUCAAGAGGAAUAAGCAGACGUACAGCACCGAACCCAAUAAUCUGAAAGCCCGCAACUCCUUCCGCUACAACGGGCUGAUUCACCGCAAGACAGUGGGAGUGGAGCCCGCGGCCGACGGCAAAGGGGUCGUGGUGGUCAUGAAACGCAGAUCCGGUCAGCGCAAACCAGCUACUUCCUACGUAAGGACCACCAUCAACAAGAAUGCACGGGCCACCCUGAGCAGCAUCAGGCACAUGAUCCGAAAGAACAAGUACCGCCCCGAUCUGCGCAUGGCGGCCAUCCGCAGGGCCAGUGCUAUCCUACGAAGCCAGAAGCCUGUGGUGGUGAAGAGGAAACGGACCCGUCCCACCAAGAGCUCCUGAGCCCUACACCCCAGAAGCAAUAAAGAGUCUACUGACUUUUUUCAGCCAUCUCCA